AUGGACCUAGGCAGCAUCUCUCGCCGACGGCCUCGCACUCGCGCCCGGGUCGUCUGCGUGGCAUGCCACUCUCGCAAGGUAAGCGGCAGGUCCGUUCGAGGGAGGGAAAAUUCCAUUGACAUUUUCGCCAUCAAGGUGAAAUGUGACCUACAACAGCAGCCUGGAGGGACCUGUGGUAACUGCCAGCGUCUGGGUCAACGAUGCCGAACUCGCGAGCUCAGCCGUCCCAUUCCAAGGGCUUCAGCGCCUUUCUCGGCGGCAAAUCUCAAAGGGUCAUUCUCGCCUCGUCGUCGAUGGCCUGAGAUUCGAGAAUCGCCAAACGACGCCCUUCACCGAAACCGCCGUGUCAGCAGAGGAGGCGAAGAGCAAGAACCAGGUGAUGAUGAUUAUGAUGAUGACGGUGGCGGCGGAGGCGAAGGCGCCUUGACACCCACCAACCUGGCCGACAUGAGAGAAUCCAUCGUUCCUUAUGCUUCGCGUUCAUCGCUGACCGACCCAUACCGGACCACAGUCUCACGUACGUUGCAGGCCGAUUACCUAAAUCUAUGCGGAGCGCUGGAUUUACCGUCGCCACUCAUGGAAGAAGCACUCCAAGAUAAUUACUUUGAACAUGUCUAUCGACGUUGUGCGGUGGUUGACCGGAUCCAUCUAUCACAGAAGCCUUCGGUUCUCCUGCUUCAAGCUGUCUGCUUGACCGGGUCCUCAAUGCGGCAAAUGGGUCCCGAAUACUUUUCAACCUGCGAACUCCUCUACAUCAAGGUGAAGACUCUGCUCAUAACCAACCACGAGAAGGAUCUGCGCACCAUCCUGCAGUCUCUAUGUCUGGUCUCCUGUUGGAACACGACGCCCAUGCAGGUCGUCAGCAUGGAGAGCGCCUAUCACUGGCUCAGCAUCGCCAUCAGAUUGUUAUUUCAAGCCGGUCUCCAUCGCGAAGAAACUUAUGUGACUGCUAAAGAACCAAGGGUGUUGCGCCGGAUAGCAUGGUAUAUCUAUACCAUGGAAAAGUCGUACUCAUGCGGCCUCGGAUUGCCCUGCAUGAUCAGACCCUGCGAUUUUCAUGUUCGGCCGCUGGCGCCCGAGGACUUCGAUAAUUUCGACGAGAAAUCCCAGCUCUUUGUUGAGUUGAACAAGGUCAACUCCCUUAGGGCGAGAAUGCUCGAGGUACACUGGCGAAAAGGUGAAAAUGACUGUGCCGAGGCCGCGUAUGAUAUUCUGCGCUCACUGCGAGAAUGGAUUGAUCAGCUCCCGGACCAAUUCCGUCUGUACCGCGGCAACGAUCCCAAACGACACUAUCGACGAGCAGUCUACGAGCUCCACAUCCACUACUUUGUGGUCAUCGCCACGUUUUUCCACCUCUGCGGCUACGCUGUGCGAGCUUCCAUCGCCAACCCUGCUGCACUGGUCGCUUCCUCCUGCAUGGCCAGGCUCUACGAAGAAGUCCUUUACCGUGAGGAGCUCGGACUCUUCCUACCCAUCCACAAUUGGUACUUAUCGAUAGCAUGUCUGCCACAGAUCCAUGCACUGUCCGGAAGUCGCCACGCAGACGCCACAUCUGAAGAAGAAUUGGGCAUCCUGCGCAGAGGACUGCAAACCAUGGCAAUCAAGUGGCCGCAAGCAAACAAUUUGCGAACCAGUAUAGAUCGUCUCUACGAGAGGAGGGUGUCGAAUUUCCAACCCAACAGCUAUCAAAAUCAAACCCGAGUGUCUGACGAUAGGGAUCCGGACGGUCGCUCGGAAUGCACUCACGACGGCGUCGUCGUCGACAACAGCAGCAGUGUCCUGAACAGAUUGGUCUGUGAUUUGUUCCCUUUCCCCACGUCCAUUUCUCCCAGGAUGGACAUCUUUGAAGCGAUAGAGCCAAUCAUAUCGGGCCCCGAGGGAGCUACGGAGACCACGGUUCCUGCCGCCUGGGACGAAGACUAUCAAUUCGACUGGACCUUGAAUCUCUUAUUCGAUCCGGACAGUCUUACAGACGGAUACGUGCCCUCAUCAAGCAUGCAAAAUUUUGGCAAAGGUCUGGCCUUCUGA